AUGAUAAUGAUGGCAGCCCCCCAUGCCAAUGUAGCAUCAGUUCAUUUUCUCAAUGAAACCUGCAAAAAAAAGUUUAAGUCCUAUAAAAAUGUGAGAUAUUAUAAUAUGGGUAAUCUCUUAUUUUAGCGUGAUUAAUUAUUUCAAGUGAAAUAGUUUUAAAACUUUCAAUUUACAUAAUUUACCUCAUGAAAUUAGUCUUUGACUCUUUGACUACUUUGAGUUUUAGUUGUCAAUGAUAUGGCAAUGUGACUCAAUGACAAUGUCAUUGAAUGGUACUACUAAGACUACUCUAUUAAGUAUAGCUAUAGGGACUUCGGUGUGGCCCGGAAAUACCUGAAAAAAGGCUGUCGUAAUUUUGUUGUCAAAAUGGCGACCUCCACUUUUUAAUUGACCAAGGGUAGCGUUGUUAUGAAUUUUUUAGCAGAUGUUAGUUUUGUUAGUAAAUUCUACUUCCGCCCUCAACUUAAAGCAGACAAGACAUGUUAUUUGUUAAUGUAGAUACUUCGACUUCGAUGAAACAAGGGAGACUACUACUUUUUGUGUAUCGGAAAUAGAAAUCGGCGCCGAAAAAUCCGAGUUUUUAAUUUUCCGAUGUGUGUAUCUAUUAUUAAAUUAGUACUUUCGAUAUAUAUUUGAGUUCCGUUUUCGGCCUCAUAAUUAGGUAGACAUCUUGGCCUACAUUUUAAUCAAUUUCUUUUUCAUUUACAAUCAGUCAGCUUUGAGAAAAUCCUUGGUAAAUAUAAGGCAACUUUCAUCAUUAAAAUUAAGUCGAAGGAAAAAAUUUGUCACUACCAAAUUUUUUUUGCAUCUGGGGAAUCUAUUGAUCUACAUGUAUGCCAUUUUUCACAGCGAUAAGUGUCUUACGAGAGACGCCAUGUUUCUACGCGUUCGCAGCAGGUCAUGCAGCUCGCUCAACCUAAUUUCGCCAUGGGGUGGGCCACGCCCCCUUUUUAAUGGCGGACUUUGCCGAUACUUAGGAAAUAUUAAUUUAUUACCACUAUUUACAUCAAAAUAAUUGAUAACUUGUGUUUCAGAAUGCAUUUUGAAGACAUUUAAACUGGAAUGUUUUAAUUUGAGCUUUAACAACCCGGUAGAAUCCAUAUUAUAAAUGAUCAGAAUUUACCGUGUGCAACACGUUGUCAUUGGCAACCAUUCACAGCCACUUGCAUAACGGCUGUAUCGUAGUACUACCUCAGAGUUUCAUUCAUAAGAGUUUGCCGUGUGCAAAAACUACUAUACCAUUGGUCAGGGAAAGCUUUAAUUAAUUAUUCAUGUGCCAAAGUUGAAAGUUUAAACUAAGUCGACCCUAAACAGUAUUUUAGUGAUAAGGCGAUGUGUUGCCUUAUAUAAAGUAUAUAGUCAUUGCGCAUGACACGAUCAGCGAAAUGAGGUCACAAGAUGUGGAGGUUUCGUCCAUAGUAAAAAAUACCAAACGAACUCACACUUUAAAAAUUCAUAGCUCAAAAAAUAUUUAAGCUAAAAUGUUGAUUGUGGUUUCAUUUUUUUAUUUGAAAUUCACUCUAACUAACUGUGUUAUUAAAAAAAUUAUUUCAAUUUUUUAAAAUUUUGUAUUCAAGUGCCUAGUUAAUGUGACACUUCUGGUAAAUUACGAGGACGAAUGCCACUAUUUUAUCAAAUUUCACGAAUGUAUCCCUAAAUCGAUCCCUAUGCCUAACCUGAACACUAAAUCGAUCCUUAUGCCUAACCUUAGGGACUUUGGUAUGAUCCGUAAAGUGCCGAAAACGGGGUAUUGGGAUUUCGUUGUCAAAAUGGCGACCUCCACUUUUUAAUUUACUGAGGGUAGUAGUGUUGUUUCAGAUUUCUUCUUCUAUAUCUUAAGGGCCCACGAUCAAUUUAUUGAUCAUUUUGGCUCCUAUGCAUGUAGAUGAGAUUUGCAAUGUUUCUGUGCCUGGUGUUGAUGAGGAAAUUUCACUGAUUUCCAGAGCCACUUUGUGAGGGAAUCACGCACUAGGGGUUUGAAGGCUUGAGGCAAUAGACACAAAUGUGUCUAGUGUAGACACAAAUGUGUCUAGUGUUGUCGCCUCAACCGUUCUUUUUGAAAGCUUGUUCCAGUCCCAUAUUGUCUUGGGCAGGAAUGAGCAGCUCCUAUACUGGCUUCUUUCGGGUAUGAGCCUGAAUUGCCUGUCAUGGCCUCGUCGCUGUCUAUGGAGGAGAAGGGCAAGUUUCUGCUUAAUACUGGAACAGUGGACCAGCCCAUUAUUUAUUUUGUACAUCAUGGAGAGCGGGGAUUGUCGUCGUCGUUCCUCCAAUGGUGACCAGUCUAGAGUUUCCAGCAUGCUGCCAACACUAGAGGUAUUCCUGUAGCAGUUUAGGACAAAGCGUGCUGCUCGUCGCUGGACCGCCUCCAACCUGUCAAUGCUCUUCUGGGUAAAUGGGUCCCAGACUGAAGAUGCAUAAUCUAAAAACGGACGGACAAAGGCUUUAUAUGCUCUUUCUUUCACACAGGAGUUGUCAAUCUUUAGAUUUCGCCUUAAGAACUCCAGGGUCUUGUUAGCUUGGUUACAAACAUUGUUAAUAUGCUCGUCCAAGCGGACCUCUCUUUGAAUGGUAACACCCAGGUGCUUUGCGGAGGAAACUGGCUCAAAUAUAUGGCCGUGAAGUUCGUAUUGGUAGUAUAGAGGAGUACAACUUUUAGAGACUGAUAGUGUCUGGCACUUGGCAGGGUGAAAGUCCAUGUCCCAGCUCAUCUCCCACUUAGCUAACAGAUUGAGGUUCUGUUGUAGCUGGUCCUGGUCAGAUCUGUUGGCGAUCGUCCUAUACACUGCUGUGUCAUUUGCGAACAGUCUUGCUUGUAAUGUCAGUUUCUCGGACAUUACAGACAUUAAUGUAUGCUGGGAACAAACAGGGGCCCAGCACUGAUCCCUGGGAGACCCCUGACUUCACAUCGACAAAGGAGGAGCUUGUACCGUCCACCACUACUGCUUGGCAUCGGUGGCUGAGGAAGCUAGAGAUCCAUGUUUUAGUGGUGCCUUGGAUCCCAUAUCUCUGGAGUUUGUGUAGAUUCACACGAUCAAAUGCCUUUGAGAAGUCCAUUACCAGCACGUCAGUCUGCUUGUGGUUCUCCAGAUUGGUCAUCAGGUCUUCUACAAAUUCAAGAAGCUGGGUCUCGCAUGAUUUAUUGACUCGGAAGCCAUGUUGACAGUCAUUGUGUAUAUUUUGGCUUUCAAGAUGCUUCAUGACUGUGCUUACGAUUAUGUGCUCCAACAAUUUGCAGACCACGCUGGUGAGGGAUAUCGGACGAUAGUUGGCAGGGUCUGAAUGCUCCCCUUUCUUGUAGAUUGGAGUGACAUGCGCUGUUCUCCAGUCUGCUGGAACAUUUCCUGUGCACAGUGACGAUUGGAAGAGGAUUGUCAGUGCAGGAGCGAUUUCUUUGGCUAAUUCUUUGAGCACUUGUGGUUUGAUGUUGUCAGGACCACAUGCUUGAGGGUAUUGAGGAGGGCAAACCCACCUUGUUCUGAUAUCUGGAUGUCUUCCAUGACAGGGUAGGCUCUGUUCAUCAUUUUGGUCUUCAGAACUCGGUCUCAGGGUACUCUCUACCGUCACCAAAGACAGACCAGAACUGCUGAUUGAGUAUGUCAGCCUGUGCUUUUGGGUCAGAUGUCAAUUGGCCAUCCCACCUCAGGGGGGGGAAACUCCAGCUUUAGAGGACUUUUGGUGCGUCACAUAGCUCCAGAAGCGCUUGUUCAUGACAUCCUUGGUCGGGGUGUCUUCCUCUGAGAAGAUGCCCUUCAUGUAGUUCACAUAGGAUCUGCGCAAUAAGCGUUGAAUGGCUCGGCGGAGCCUCAGUACCUCCUCUCUCUCAGUUCAAUCGAGCCAUUUUUCUUCAUACGUUUGUAUUGGUGGUCUCUCCUGUGGAUGAGCCUAUGUCUUCCGCUAUGCUGGUGCUUAUUGAUUACUGAUUACGUCAACAUAUCAGAGAAUAUCUUCAGUAAGCAGCCGACCAGGGAAACACAGCAGCCUGGCAAAAGAUGUGAGGCGCGAGACUUGGCUAUGUAAUAGAAAUCCACCAACAUUAGAGAACCAUCAAUGUCCAAGCCUUGUAAUGAGCGAACCAGGGAAAUGUUAGGAGCGGACCAGGGAUUAUGUUACGAGGUGUAAACCAGAAACAUUGUGCACAUAAUCUCCUUGUACAGUAACAGCUAGGAAUGAAGAAGAAUGCUUUAGUGCCUUAGCGAGGGUUAGAUCCGCCUGUGCUGGAUGAGAGUUGUUCUGCCCACUACCACUAAAUUAAAAAGGAAAAACACCAAAAACUCUUCACUUUGCAGUAAAUGCCGCCCCUCCAUAUAAAGGAAAAAAAAGUGCCUCCUGUGGUGGACCACCCCUUCACAGCCCCCUUCCUAUGGAAGUGGAAUGACAUUUUUAUGGCAGUUGUGAGUCAUAUAUUAGUAGGCAAGUAAUGUGUUUAAAUGGUCUGUGGUUGGUCAGCUCUAAUUCGAUAGGGGUGACUUAACUAUUUAGAUGACACCUAAAAUCGACUGAUUAGUGAUGAGUAAAAUGAGAGACUGUUAAUAAAUUGGAAGGACUUCUUAUGCUUUAUUAGUAAUCUGUUUGUUCUGGUGUUCAAUUCCCUAUUGCCAUAUAUUUCAUUACUUUCUCCUUUAUCGCCUCGUUGUAAAUCACCAACUAUUUAUUGACAAUGAAAUCAUCAAAAAUUAAAAAUUUUAAAAAUUGACACUUCAGUUAAAAGUUUUAACAAAAAUUGUCCCACAUAUUCCCAACCCUAUACUCUAAAAUCUAGACUCUUUACGUCCGUAAUGGAUGCAGGACCUUGUCACUGAAAAGCGGCAUUCUGGGCGAAGCUUGAAACUACUAUAUAAACUAGUACUAGUAUAUAGAAAAUGUGCCCCCUGAUAUGACGCCCCUGUACCACCGAGUACCACCUUUACAUGGCCCUACAUAUUCAAAGAUGCCUAAAACAUGAGUUACUUAAAUAUUUAAACUUGGCUAAACACACCACUGGUUUAGAUAGCUGUAUCAGACACCUAGACAUAAUUAAAUAAAUUUAUUUAAAUCUACAUACCCAGUACAUCCUAUUGGGCAACUUUUAUAAGGUAUCUUUGAGUUCUCCUUGAUUUAUUAAAAUGGGGCCAUGAAAGACAAAAAAUUCAUUAAAUUGUACUUUUUUGAUCUCGUAAAAUUUGUUAGAUUGUUUUAUUCCAACAAAAAGAUGGUAUUUUAUUUUCAAAAAUGCAUUUAAUGUAGUUCCAUAAGGUUAAAAUUAAGUUUUUAAUUUAUUUCACUAGAAAUAAUUCAUGGUGGUAAAAUUAAUGGUACAUUUUGAAUAGUUACUUUACUGGCUUUACAUUGAAUUAUUAAUUGUGCAGGAGCCAUAUUUAAUUGCUAUUAAAGCAUUUUACUAAAUUCCUCAGUGGUAGAAGUAGACUGAUUUUAAAUUAAGACUUACUUAGUUACUUAGUAAUUAGGCAAUCCUCCAAAAGCUGUCCCAGAUUCAAAACACUAGAAAAAUAUCCUCGAAUGAGCAGUUACUUUGACACUUCAAUAAUGGCUAAUCUAACAGUUGGACGUUGGUUAUAAAAAACUUGUUGUUCCAGUUUGAAGUGCUAUUUAAAGUUUUAACUUAAACGGGUUUUCUUUUAAUGACCAAUAAUAGUACAGUGGAGAGGGCCACUGGAUUUUCGGUGACAUAGAAAGAGAGAGUAUGCACUGUUUUCUCAUUGAAGUGCCAUUACGAUGUGUGAUCACGUUUCAGGAGUGCAUAGAAUAUGAUAGAGAGAAAUAUCCUUCCAGGCCCACUUAUUGUAUCAGACGGUGACGGAUGGAUGGCUUAUAUUAUUGUGAAACCUCGUCCACUUUUAAAAAGUCCCUUAAAACCCAUCUGUUUAGGUCCGCCUAUGACCUGUGAUGCACCCUCCUUGCCCUGCCUCAUUUUCUGUCUCGGGUUGAUCCUGUGUUAUAGGCCAAAACGUGCCAAAGUGUCCUCGUUUUAUAGCCAUUUUAAUUGUUUCUAUUGUAUAGUAGUUACUAUCCUAGUGUCUCAUUUUUUAUUUUACUUAGUUUACAUGUUUUUAAUAAUUGUAAAGCGCUUUGAGGUUUAAGGUAAGCGCUAUAUAAAAAAUGCCUAAAUAAAUAAAUAAAUAUUAACUAGAUCAGACAGGGAACACUCCAUUGUUCAGCAGAUUUUUUAAAAUCCAAAUGACCCUUGUGUCCACACUGACUAUUGAAACCAUGUGGAUGCACACAAAUUGCAAACUGAAAAGACAAUUUUCACAAGCCAUGACAUUUUCCCUUGAUAUUUGCAUGAGUUCGUGACCUGCAAUGGUUUUCUUUGAGACGAUACAUUAAAUUCUUUUACCCGGUACAUUUUUCUAUUUGAACAAUUAUUAAAUUUUUAAAAUUGUUAUAUUUUAAAAAUGUUAUCUUUUAUAUGUGUACUGAAAUUAAUAUGUAAAAUGUCAUAAAAAACAUUUCCAUAUAUUUGGAUCAAUAGAAGAAUUUUAUUUUAUCAAUAAAACAAUACAGUACCUGUUUAAAUAGCACUUCAACCCGGAAAACAUAAUUUUUUCAUAACUGACGCUCAUGUGGUAGAUUACUCAAUAAUGUUUUAUGAAGUACAUGGUCAAAUGUGAUAAAUAUCAUUCAACAACUGAAACUACUGUCAGCAAAUAUGUUUUGUGGUAAUAGCCACAGGAAAGCACACAAGUGGUUUGGGAAAAGGCUAAUUUACGAUUGACCUGCAUCGAGAGUUCUUCAAUUUCAAUAGUCUGUGUGUGUAUUUCUCAGUGAACAGGAUGUACACAAUCUUGAGCAUGCCCUAACUUCACUAAGGCAUCAUGCUGAUAAACUCCAUUAUUGAUUUGAUUGACAUCAGCAUUUCCUCAAAGUACAUGAUCAGUUAUAAUGCUAUAAUGCAUUCAAGUGUUGGUGCAUUUUCAACCAACAUCUACCAGUAACACUUUCAUAAAUUACUCAUGUUUAUAAAAGUGGAUCAAGCUGUGUCAAGUGUUGUCGCCUCAACUGUUUCUUUUGGAAGCUUGUGUCAGUCCCUGAUUGUCUUUGGCAGGAAUGAGAAGUUCCUGUACUGUGUUCUGGCCUGUUAUGGCCUCGUCACUGUCUAAUGGGGAGAGGGACGAGUUUCUGUUUAAUUUUGGAGCAGUGGACCAGCCCAUUUUUUAACUUGUACAUCAUAAUCUGGAUAAUCGUUGCCAUUCUUCCAAUGGUGACCAGCCCAGUGUUUCCAGGAUUGUGCCAACACUUGAGGUGCUCCUGUAGCAGUUCAGGACAAAACGUGCUGCCUGCACUGGACCGCUUCCAACCUGUUGAUGCUCUUCUGGGUGAAUAGGUCCCAGACUGAAGAUGCAUAAUCUAAAAGCGGCUGGACAAAGGCCAGGUUGUUACCCUUGGAGGGGCUUGAUGGAAGAUCAGUAUCUCCUCACAAAAGGGUAGAGGAAAAAAAAAAACACUUUAAAAAUAUUUCAAAAUCUGAUUUUGGUCAGACCUUGCUUCUUCGACAAUAUGUAUAACUUAAUAAUCAUAUUUUCACAUCUAAAUUCCAUAACAAUUUUUUUUUAAGGUUCAACAAUUUAUUCUACCUUGAUACAAUUCCUAAGAAAUUAAAUAAAGUUUAAUUUAAUACGAAUACAAUUUUUUACAUUUUUUUUUUUUAAAUUUAUUUUCAAAGACAUAAAUUAAAUUAAAUAUUUUUUAAUAUGUUACUUAAACUAGUGAAGUGGUGGUUUAUGGAAGAUAUAAAAAUAUUUCAAAGUUAUGUCUGAUUUAAUUUCAGAGUGUAAUCUUAGAUAUUGGGGAUGGCAAAAAAAUAUCUGGCAUGUCAACCAUUGGAAAAUACCUUCUAAGAACACAAGAUGAAUUUAAAGGUAAAUAUCCUUCAUGUGGUACCUUAAGUGGAUGUAGUGUGUCAUUAGUGGUGAGAUGUCGAUAAUUACAAAGGAUUUUUUAGAUGUUUUUGCUUAAUAGAAGUUCCUAAGAUUGUGUUGGGUGGAAGAAAGUCAUUUCCGGCCAUGGGAAAUGCCAGUGUUUUCCUUAUAUGAGCUAUACAAAUUUAAAAAAUCAUGAUUUUGGGUUGUGGGUUGGUUGGUCAUGAAGUUUAAUGUAAGUUUUAUUGGUGCACAAAAAUGAAAGUCAUUCCUGGCUCAGUACAUAAAAUAGUUUUGCUCAUUACAUGAGAACAUUGUUUUGAGUGUUAAUUUACUCAACGUCUCACCAUUGUGAAAUUUAUCAUUAUUGAAUUAUCAUUCGUAGACAAAGGUGGGCAACCUUUUUCAAAAUAUCAACGAAGGUGAUGUCUCUGCUAAAUUUAAAAGUGUCUAAUUUGUGUUAAAAAUUUGUGACAAUUUGGGGAAGGUAUGGCCCUUGUGGUAAGUAGUUCGUUUUCUAGGAUUAGAUCCCAUCUUUAUGAGCACAAAAAACAUUGUAAAAGCCUAGAACUGUUGCUGUCUCCUAGCCCCUACAAGGCUGAUGUCUAGUGUGAAGUCAAAUAAUCAUGUGACGGUUAAAAUUUCAAUUUUUUAAAAUUUAUUAACACACAAAUUCCACAAAAUGCCUAACAAGUAAUUACUGGCAUUAGCAAAAGAAACAUGUUUGCGAAAUAAUUUUCCAAAUCUCCUAUUACAAAUACUAAGAUGCCCUCCACUCAUAAAAAAAAUAUUAAGAGUCACUCCUAGCAAAAAUUAAGUUUCUCUCCUACUGUCAAACAUACUGUGUUUAUACUCCUAUAAAAAAUACUAAGUCACUCUCCUCCCAAAAAAUAAUAUCCUUCCCGCUCACAAAAUGUACACACCUUUUAUACUAAGGUUUAUAAUCAACACUUAGAUGCUGUGCUAUGUGGCUGAGUUAAAUUCAUGAUUAAAGGAAAAAUAGGAAAAGAAUAAAAAUAUACAUAAUAUCCCAAAAAUCAUGAUAUGACAGCAGAACUCAGACCUGUUUACUCUCACGAUUUUGGCGUACAAUGUAUGAUUUUGAGGUGUACACACAAUAUAUACUGUAUGUUUAUUUUUUACUAUUAAGAUAAUGUAUUGAACGAUUUCGUGAUGAUAUUGUACGCUUUUAAGAGUUUUAGGGUAAACAGGUCUGCAGUACUACAUCACAUAAUCUGACUUUGACAGCCCCUUACCUAAACCACCUUUUUCCAUAUGGUAUAUUGUUUUAAACUGUUCACUUAUGUUUUCUCGUAAAAAGGUAACCAAAUGGUAAUUUAACAGUUUUUAUUAUUGGUAACGUAACUUUAUCAUGUAUUUAAAAAAUUAUUUUCUUAAUUACCAUCAUGGCUGUCUAUUGAUGCACUCUAGAGCUUAAUUGUCAUCAAUUUUGACACUUUUUAUUUUUACAAUCAUUCAUUAGCUUGUGUAAUAAACACAGAUGGUGUUAUAAAAGAAUCAUUGAUUUUUUUUUACAAUGUGGAAUAAAAAGUCAAUGAAGUAUUGUUGUCAUUAAAAUAGACUUAUUAUGUCUACUGGAUAAUAUUUUUGUUCAUGAAAACUCUGUUGCAUUAUAAUCUAUAUUAAUUCUAAUUCUAUAAAACUGUGUUUUUUUAUACUUAUUUUUACUUAUUAUUACCAAGUCAGUAAUUUUAUUAAUUUUUUGGGGCUUUAUUAUUUUUGGCACUAUUGAAAGUCAAAUUGGUCAUUGUUUACUCAUUACCAUAUUAUUAUAGAUAUGGUUAAAAUUAAUUAUAAACUUCUUUGUUUCUAACAAUUGUCUUUAUAAUUAAUGAUUGUCAGUUUUUUUUUUACUAAGGAAGGAUAGCUUACAGUUAAUGAAUGCAUGUUUUCACAUCCAAUCCUAUUAUUAUUAUAUUUUCUUCAUUUUUCAUGAUUAUUAUUAUUAUUAGGUGGUUUUGUAUAUCGCAGUACCCAUUCAAAGUCUUUCAUCCCUUUCAACUAUAACCAACACAAGCCAAUAUACAUCUAGGAGAUAAUAGCUAGCUGGAAAAGAUGGUAGACAACAUCACUCCAGCAGAUGUUUGCGAAAUAGAUGUGUUUUCAAUUCGGUUUUUAAGGAUUUCAGUGUCUGGCUGUUUCUGAGGGCGACAGGAAGGAUGUUCCAAAUUGUUUGACUAGCAAAUGCGAAAGUGCGCCUUCCGUAAGUCUCAAGACGAACAUGCGGUAUCGAGAGUUUGCCACUAUCAGAUGAGCAGAGUUGUCUAGUCAUAAGGCGUCAUGAGUGCUUUGAGAUAGGACGACGCCAGGUCUUGCAAGCAGCGUUAGCACAGGGUUGCAAUUUUGUACUCUAUGCGAGCACGGAUCGGCAGCCAAUGCAGUUCUCUCAGAAGUGUUUUAGCAUGGUCGAAUUUGCGUUUACGAAGAACAAUGCCAGCCGCAGUAUUCUGUGCUUUUUUAAUUUUAUCCAGGAACGUAGCUGGAAGACCCACCAUGAGAGGAUUGCAGUAGUCCAUGCAUGAUAGCAUGAAUGCAGACAUCAGUUUCUUUGAUGCAUCAAACGUUAAGAAAGGUCUGAUAUGACUAAUUCUGCGCAGCUCUAGAAAAAUCACCUUGUAAAGCAUGAAAAUAUGAUUUUCCAUAGUUAGUGUUGUCUAAGUAGACACCAAGGUUUCGCACUGUUUUGGCAAACUCAAUCUGCACACCUGAGAGAGUAAGGGAUGCGUGUUAUUCACAGAUUUUAGUUUUUGAGCAGUAGCAUUGGGGAUCAGCUCGGUCUUUUCAUGAUUCAAUUUGAGCUUGUUCAUGGUCAUCCAUUGCUUAACUGACUCCACUGUCUUCUGUGUCAUACUAAGAAGCUGAGGGAACUGAGAGGGGAUCAAGGAUUUGCUGAAGUUGGGUAUCAUCCGCAAACAUGCAAUUAGCAUGUCAAACUGCUUUAUCACUGCACCCAGGGGCUGAAUUUACAUAGUGAAAAGCACCGGGCCUAGGACCGAGCCCUGGGGUACUCCGAAUUCGAUAAUAGAUUGCCUUGAGGUCAGACCGUUUACGAUAACUGAUUGAACCCAAUUUGUCAGAUACGAGCGGAACCAUCUCAGGAUGUAAUUAGUGAAACCGAACGUUUUUUGCAGAUGUUGGAGAAGUAUGCCGUGGUCAAGCGUAUCGAACGCUGCCGAUAGAUCAAGUAACGACAAAAGGGAUACCUGGCCCUCACCACAAGAUGACAGAAGGUCAUUUACGACGUGCAACAGUGCUGUCUCUGUAGAGUGAUUUGCCCUGUGUGCUGACUAGAAAGGCUCAAACAAGUCACACUAAGUGAGGUGAUCCAGGAGCUUGCGGAGAUUCACUUUAUGCUAGUCACACUUUAAUCAACCUCUACCCCUCUGUUUAAAUUUACUUGAUUGAAUACUCUCAAGAGCUCAUUUCUAUAAACUAUAAAUAUUUGUGCAAAACAUGCCACAGGAUCAUGAGAUAACCUUUUACUUUUAUUUCCCAAAUUAUAGUAGACAUUCAAAGUGCAACCUUAAUAAAUCUUUAGUGUAAAGCUAUUCCUCUUUAUAAUUUAACUUGUACUCCAAGCAGCAUCUAUAUUUUCUACAUACUGUCAGGCAACUUGUAAUAAACUCCCUAUUAUUAUUCAUUAUUCAAUUAACUUGAACUUUCAAGCCACUUGCACCAUGCAAUUAUUUAGUAAAUUAAGUUAAAAUAUUAACAAAUUAAAGAUAAUUUUAUUAAUAGGUUAAUAAAACGUGUUCUUUCCUUAGGCUACACUAUUAUUUCUUCACAUUUUUCUCUUUCCACAAUAUUCAGAAUACUUAAGAUCAUAGUGAAUCAUACUGAUGCAUAUCUAAAGUUUUAAUGAAUUUUGAUAGGUGCUAUGGUAAUUUAAAGAGUGAUGAUCAGAUAUCUGGAAAAUUCAGUUAUUUUCCAGUCUUCAAGUCCCAGUGGUGCCAGUUAGGAGGGAGUUUAGUGUGCUAUGCUCUGUGCAUCUAUUCUUGUUACGCACUGACUUGUAUUGGGAGAAAUUAAUCUCCUAUUUUAAUUUUAAUUGGCUCGUUGUAAGCAGUGCCUAACAAAGGACGAUACCAUAGAAUCAACAAUAUUAAAGGUACGACCCAAAACAGUUUCUAGUUACAAUUAAUUAAAAUUUAUUAUGUCUUAAGAUAAUUACAAAAGAAAAGAAAAUAUAAUUACAAUCUUCAACUUACAGUAUGGUAGAUCUUGUAUCGGUACACAGUUAACACAGUUAGAAUAAUGUGCCAAUAAAUAAUGCGAAAUAAUACGAGCACACAAAUACACAAAGAAUAAAACACGCCUCGUAAUGUUAAGAAAAUCUAUCUGAAAAAUCUCCGUCCCUCGUCCGUGCCUGUCAAUCCCUUAUAUAGGUGGGUCUACCGACGCCUAAGCCCUGCCUUCGACAAGCUACAUGGCAUUUCUAGAACCAUCAGAUUCAUUCUACAAAACACUACUUGGAACAGAUUAAUUAUUUUUAGUAGUUGGCGGUGUAAACAAGAAUACAUCAAAGGCCUAAGCCACACCCCUUUGUGAACACAGCGUCUCAUGUGGGGUCAAUCAGAGGGCACGCACGAGAAAUAUUAUGUAAACAAGCUCUCUAUAACAAUUCUUAUGCACGUUUAUAUAAUUGUUAAGGUGAUUACCUUCAUAUUAUAUAUUGUGUAUUUUAUGUUAUUAAAACGUCUCUUAAUUGUGAGAACAGUAAAGUUGUCUUUUUCAUUUGAGUUGGAUAGAAUAUUAUUUGAAACGUUCUGCCUUUGCUAUGUUUUUAUUCUUUAAACCCUAGAAAUCUUGCCACCUUAUAACUCAAAUAGAUUUUGUAACAAUGACAGAAAGAAAAAAAAAUAUUUUAAGUUUUCAUGUACAAUUAAAAGAAAUCUUAAACUUUUUUCCAGAUUUUCUCCUUGAAGAUCGAAUGGCAGUUGAACAGUGGCUAGAGUACAGGCACUUAAUUGAAAAUGCUGCUCAAGAUUCAGAGUUGCAAAAAGUUGUUUUGAAAGUUAGUAUGCAUUGGCAUGAAAAAAAUUUGUUUGGUUGAAGAAAAAAAAUCACAGUUAAGUAGGCCUACACAUCUGAAAAUAACUAUUUGAAAAUAAAGUUAUAAUCAUAAAUGAUUUGAACAUUACUUACUUAAUAAAAAUUGUUUAAAAAGUGAAAAUAGUGAUAACUUUGGACAGAAAAAAAUCUAAUACUUAUAAUUAAUUUUAGAGCUUGUGGUUUUCUUUUUUCCUUAUAUUUUAUGAUAUCUUUAGUUGUUUUUUUUAUUAGUAACAUUGUGAUUGCAUGUGUUAUGACCACUUGUGAAUAGUACUGGUAGUAAAUUCUUGAUGUAUAAAGAAAAAAAUUAAUUUUUAAAAAACAAAGCCUCUUUUGCUCCUUUUCUUAAAUUCCAGGAGCUGAAUCAAUAUCUAAAAGACAAAGUAUAUUUUGUAGCACAACAACUGACAUUAGCAGACAUUCUUGUGUAUCAUAGCAUCUAUGAUAUUUUUGUAAGUAUAGAUUUUUGUUAUCAUCUAAAUCAGGGGUCUCCAAACUACUGCCCUCUCAUGCGGCCCGCUGAGACCUUUUUGUCCACAGAAAAAAUUACGGAAAUGUACGUGUACCCUGCAAGAAUCAGACGCCGCUUAAGUGGACAUUAUGUUUUUACCGAAUUAAAAUAGAGGCGCACAGUUGUGCGUUAUAUUUUCUAACCGAUCAUAACUUGGAAAACCUUAUUGGCUGCUUAGUUUUUCUACUUCCGUUCACAGUCAAUGAGAUGAUAUAACGCCAUCUGGUGGCGGAGUUUUGCCCGCCAUGUUGCAGACAUAGGUGAAAACGUUGAGACUCAAAUAACGACAAAUGCAAGCAAGCUGUUCCACCUCUCAACUGCUUGUGUUCAUUAGAGGUGUGGAUGAAGACAUGAACGUAACACAAGAGCUGGCUUCCCAACGUAGCAUGUACGACAUUGUUACCGGAGAGAAUAUAUUCAAUGAGUUGAAAAAACAUUUGCUGAUUAUAACUUGGACUGGACUAACCUCAGUUGCCUGACCGUUGAUGGAGGAAAUAACACGAGUGGCAUAAAGAAAGGCUUGGUUGGACAAGUGAAGCAGAUGUGUAAUGAGAGAAAAAUUCUGCAACCAAUGUUUCUGCACUGUAUUAUUCAGCAGAAAGCUUUGUGUGCUAAAUAUGUGGACAUUAGCAGGAUACUGAAUCCUGUGGUAAAGAGGGUUAAUUUAAUAAGGUCACAUGGGCUCAACCAGACACAGAAUCGUAAGAUUUACCAUAAUAAGAUGGCUAAGUUGUGAGAAAGUUCUGAGCAGAGCAUUUAAGUUAAAAAAGGAAAUAGGUGACUUCCUGGAAAGUAAAGGCAAGCCACAGCCAUUACUGUCUGAUGAAGAGUGGGUUUGGACAUUGGCCUGUGCUACAGGCAUAACAAGUCAUUUAAAUUUUCUGAACCUAAAACUACAAGGAGAGGAAAAUCUUGUUUCUGAUCUAUACACCCACCUAAAGGCCUUCAGAUCCAAAUUCGUCUUGUUUUUUGGAACAAGUAUAGGCCAACAACUUGACACACUUUCAGCAGUGGACGGUCUUUAUGGCUGAAGCAUCAGCGGAGUUCCCCAACGUCAUUUGCAUGCAAGAUCAUCAAAGACCCCAAGCUGCAGUGUUAGCAGCGUUUUUCUGACUUGGAUUUAAAGGCAGAAGAAAUGAGACUUUUUCAAAACCCAUUUGAAGCGGAUGCGGCCAGUCGCCCAGAUGAACUGCACCUGGAGGUCAUUGAGUUGCAAACAAAUGACCUCCUAGGGACAAGUUCAAAGAAGGAGCGGUGGGUUUUAAGCUAGUUUUCGCCAAAGGAAGACUUUCCUAAUUUCAAAACAUUUGCAUCAAUGUACCUUUCAAACUUUGUAACAACAUUUCGGUGUGAACAAACAUUUUCAAAAACGAAAUACGUGAAGUACAAUUUGAGAUCAAAUUUGUCCGAUGAUAAUGACAGGUCACUGUUGAUGUUAGGGAUACAAAUCUAAAUCCAGAAAUGUCUGCUAAUCACUGCUAUUUUGGCAUCCAGGAAACAAUUUCACCAUUCCCACUAAUACAGGUGUUCAUGUGUCGCGUAUUAAUGUUUUAUUAAAUAAUACCUGAAUGAAAUAAUUAUACAUAAAUAAUUAAAAACAAAAUCCAUGUUUUGAUUAUUUUUUAUUUGGACAUCGAGUGUGUAGUCGGCCCCCGAACUGCUGUUUGAUAGUUAAUGCUGCCCUCGGUCUGAAAAGUUUGGAGACCCCUGAUCUAAAUGACUGACACUAAAGGUGAAAGCAUUCAAGUUACUGCUAAUGUUUAUUUGCCAUGCUAGAAUUUCUUUUUGUUUACCAGAGACUUUUGUUAUCUACUCAUAAACCUAGCAUAUUUUUGAAAAGUUUUUGGUUUCAUGUAUAAUUGCAUUUGUGACUGUAAAAUUCUAUAUGCUGAGCAUUAUUAUUGGUUUAAGUUUAAAAAGUAAAAUGCAAUCAUAACAUAAAUUGUUUUAUAAAGAUCUCUCAAUGUAACGGUAAUUUAUUUUUUCUCUAAAGACUAAACUUAUAUCAUUAUCUUAUGACAAUUACAUUAUGUCUUGUUUGUGUUCAAUUAGAUAUUUUUACUGGUAUGUAUUAAGAGUUGAUUUGCCAUAAACUUGUUAUAAUCAAAGAUUUAUACAAAGGUAUAUGAUAUCAAACAUUUAUAUAUAAGGCACUAGACCACAAUUGAGGAAUUAUAAUAGGGUUGGACUGCAGUAAAGCUUAAGUCUUUAUGUUGAUAAAAGUCACAAAGUUUCUAGAUUUUUAAUCUUAUGCUUAUGUGUUAAGCCAGUGGUAGGAAAAUUGCGUCUCGCAAGUCGCAUGCGGCUCUUUACUUUAACAACCUGAGUGCGGCUCGGCCAGUCGGCCACAAAUUGCUUUUGACUCCGAAAUACAUGGUUCUUGACAAUUCUUGAAAAGAAAUUUGUCUCUCAAAAUUUUUUUAAUCGUCCUGCUGCUGAUUUUUGCCUCUUUUUAAUAAUGGGUUUGCCGACCACUGUGUUAAGCCAACUCUGAUGACAAUGUUAAAUAAUUUUCCACAGAAAACAUUGACUUUUCUUGAUAAAGAAAAAUACAUAAACUUAUCAAGAUGGUUUAGCAAUGU